UCUAUGAGAAGAACCGAGAAACACAGCGCAGGUCAACGUCGCUCGCGUUGUAUCACGAGAACGGAAGAGGUUUUAACCUUAGUUGUGACUCCAAAGUUUGUGGAACUUGUACGAUGUACAUUUUAAGAUCUAAAAAUUUUUAUCCAAUGAUAUACAAAACUGGGAGGAACUUUUAACUCCGGAUGUUUUGUACAGACGGACACUACAAAGGAUGGCAGACGGUGAAGAUGACGAUGUGCCUCUCAUCUUGACCUGGGAGGAUGCCAGCUGCGGUUUAUUAACUGAAGAAACAGAGAGUGCCACAGCCACAAACGAAAAUGGCAGUGGCUACGAUAUUGUGAAUAAUGCAGUGAUCCCCACCCCUGGGCACCAGGACCACAGGUCCCACUUUGGCACACUGAGGCAGAGUUGGGAAAUGAACUACCAGGAGGCUGCCAUCUACCUGCAGGAAGGUGAGAAUAAUGACAAGUUUUUCACCCACCCAAGAAACCCAAAGGCCCUGGCUGCCUACUUGUUUGCCCACAACCACCUCUUCUAUAUGAUGGAGCUUCUGACUGGGGUAUUGCUGAUGGUGCUGUCAGUGAGUGAAGCACCUGCUGUGCCCUCCCUCCGGCUUGAUGUCUACGUACAUGCAACCCUAGAGCUGCUAGCGCUGGUAAUGGUGGCAUUUGAAUUAUGCAUGAAACUGCGUUGGCUGGGCUUUCAGACCUUCAUUCGCCACAAGAGGACCAUGGUCAAGUCCUGUGUACUGCUGCUCCAGUUUGUAGAGGCCAUCGUGGUGCUUGUCAGGCAGACCUCCCACCUGCGUGUCACCAGGGCCCUUCGGCCCAUUUUCCUUGUGGACUGCCGGUACUGUGGUGCUGUGCGCAGGAACUUGCGGCAGAUCUUUCAGUCACUGCCUCCAUUUAUUGACAUCCUCCUCCUCCUUCUAUUCUUCAUGGUCAUCUUCUCCCUCUUGGGGUUUUGCUUGUUCUCCACAAAUACAGCAGACCCUUAUUUCAACACUCUGGAGAACAGUAUUGUCAGCCUGUUUGUGCUUCUGACAACAGCAAACUUUCCUGAUGUAAUGAUGCCGGCAUACUCCAGGAAUCGCUGGUCCUGUGUGUUUUUCAUUGUUUACCUGUCCAUUGAGCUCUAUUUCAUCAUGAACCUGCUUUUGGCUGUGGUAUUUGACACUUUCAACGGUGUGGAGAAGAUGAAGUUCAAAUCCUUGCUGUUGCACAAGAGGUCGGCCAUUGACCAUGCUUUCCAACUCCUGGUCAGCAGGCAGAGGCCCAAUGGAGUGUCCCUAAAGCAGUUUGAUGGGCUGAUGCGUUUCUACCAACCACGGAUGAGUGCCCGUGAUCGCUUCCUGACUUUCAAGGCCCUUAACCAAUCUGGUCUGCCCAUGCUCAGCCUAACAGAUUUUUAUAAAUUCUAUGAAGUGAUUGGCCUAAAAUGGAAGGCUCGGCGUAGUGGAGACCAUUGGUUUGAUGACCUCCCCCGCACCGCUUUGCUAAUCUUUAAAGGCAUAAAUGUCCUUGUGAAAUCCAAAGCUUUUCAGUAUGCAAUGUAUGCUGUGGUUGCUGUCAACGGCGUGUGGAUUUUAGUUGAGACAUACAUGUUGAACAGUGGAUUCUCCUGGUCACGAUUUGUACCCUGGAGUUACAUAGUCUUCCUAACAAUUUAUGGAGUGGAGAUGCUUUUGAAAAUUACAGGCUUGGGACCAUUAGCUUACUUCAGCUCAGGAUGGAACCUGUUUGAUUUCUCCGUCACUUUCUCUGCCUUUUUGGGUCUGAUUGCCUUGGCCUUCAACAUGGAGCCCUUCUACUUUAUUGUAGUGCUACGUCCCCUUCAGCUGCUGCGGCUUUUCAAAAUCAAGCAGAGAUACCGCAAUGUCCUGGACACCAUGUUUGAGUUGUUCCCCAGGAUGGCCAGUUUGGGACUGACUCUUAUCAUCUUCUACUACUCCUUUGCCAUUGUGGGGAUGGAGUUUUUCGCUGACGUCAUCUACCCCAACUGUUGCAAUUUAUUCUUAACCUACUCUAGCACCAGCACAGUGGCCGAUUCCUACAGACAGAUCAACAUCACCGUGGGCAACCGCACCUUUUUGGAUGAGGGCUACUACUAUCUCAACAACUUCAACAACAUCCUUAGUAGUUUUGUUACGUUGUUUGAGCUGACGGUUGUCAAUAACUGGUAUAUCACAAUGGAAGGUGUUACAUCACAGACUACCCACUGGAGCCGCCUGUACUUUAUGACCUUCUACAUUGUCACCAUGGUUGUGAUGACCAUCAUCGUGGCCUUCAUUUUGGAUGCCUUUGUCUUUCGGAUGAACUACAGUCGCAAGAACAAAGAACCAGUGGGCGACCCAGAGGAUGAAAAUGGCAUAGUGUUUGAGGCUGAAGUAUCCCGAGACGAAGCUUUGGCCACAUUGGAGCUGUACAAACAGACCUGUCCUGGUGGCACCAAUCUCAACUCUCUGCAGGGGGUGUUACUGAGCAUGGAGCAAAGUGGGCAUUCCACGCUUGUGUUCCUAGGCAGACGAUCACGUACAAAAAGUGAUCUAAGUAUGAAGAUGUAUGAAGAGGAAAUCCAGGAGUGGUAUGAGGAGUACGCACGAGAGCUCGCUACAGCCUUACCAGCAACCAGAGGCACUGAUGAACUGCCCUGCCCAGGAGUCAGCCUACCAGGAUGUACAGCAUAGCACCAUGAACUAACCCCCCCAACACCCACCACCACCACCAUCUUAAUACUUUGCAAACAGUUCUGCAAACAUGAUUUGCAGUUGUGGUCUGCGCCGAAAUCCAUAAUCAGCGAGUCCUGUCAGUAUACAUGUUAGAGGAUGAUUGAGUGUUCAAGCCUGAUGGGGAGUUGAGGUAACAAUAUGGCCAUGCAUUCCUGCUAGUUGAGUAACACUGCUUGGAUAUUUUCUGUUUUUACUUCUUGCUAUGUAGGCUGAUUUUUUACCCUCAUGAAAAGCAGAGGCAGGGGAGGGUGGAAGCCAUGAUUUGCCUGUGUCAGGACAUUGUGCUUAAGGACUUUCAGGUAAUGCUUGAAGACAAAUCAUGGGUUUGCUCUAGGUCAAUAACUUUCAAAGCACAGCCAGGGUGAGCUGCAAAGUGGUUCGUCUUUGUAAAGACUACAUGCUGCAGAAACAGGCUAACUUACAAAUUGUAAUUUGAUGCAUUUCAAACUUUCAUUGUCUCUUAUUUCCACUUUGGCUGGGGAGUAUUGGGAAAGUAUUUCAGUUUGCAUUCCAUCUCAAUUCUACAAUAAUACUCCUUUACCUGAGGUAUAUGUGUAGUAGUGGAACAGAUUGUUGUACCCCAGCUUCUCAUUAACUUGACUACAGAAGGUGGUACAUCUGUUGGAAAUACUGCAGGUCCAUUGACUCUCCUCUACUGUCUGCAUCCAUCUUGCUUCUUAUUAAUGGACUUCAAAAACAUGCACAACACCUACAACUGAUAUUUAUUCAUCUUUGGUGCUGAUUUUACAGCAGGUAGCACCAACGUCUCAGCCAACAAAAUCCACAAGAACAUGAUAAUGAAACAAUGUACUGGUUUUAAGAAUAAUCAAUUUUUUUAACUUUUCACUUGUUAUUCUGUAAGUGUAUGCUGUAUUUGUUUAUUAAAUAUUAAGAAUACAUUUUAACACCAA